AUGACUGCGAUAUUCAUACUUCAAUCAUUCGAGGCUAUUGUUUUCGAAGUCCUGGCCGACCAAUGUGGACGGAGGUGGCCGGUGGUCAUUAAUAUGUUUCUGGUCGUUGUUCUUGGUCUUCAAUCUGGGUUCUGCUCGAACAUACCCAAGUGUCUGGGUGUACGGGCUUGUGUGGAAUCGCCAGGGUCUGUUCGAAUCAGCAGCCCCGGCAGCCUCGAGGACCUACUGUAUGAUGUGCACAGAUUGCUCUCCGAUUUUUUAUAA